UGUUGGUGUGAGUGCUUUCAUUUUUGGUGUGAGUCUGCUCAGUCUUAUUGUCAGUGUGUUCACUGUUGGCCUAAGUGUGUGUGUGUGCAGUGUGCUGUCAGUAUGUUUGAUGCUGCUAAGAAUGUUCACUGUUAUGAGUGUGUAGAGUCCUGUGUGAGAGUGUUCACUGUUUGUAUGUGUGUUCACUGUGGUGUGCGUGUAUACUGUAAUCUAUCAGGCACUGUCACCCCUUGGUCUGUCCAUUAUGUGAUUAUUUGUUGAGUGCUCCGUGAAGUUUACUUUAAACUGGGAACUGAGCCACUCUACAAUGGUGCCAUUGUUUUCCCUCCUCUCUUUUUAUUUACAAUCUUUUUCAGUCACAUGUUUUUUCACUGCUGUCAGAAGACAAUACCCAGUAAUUUAGCUGCAAUUGCAAGAGAACAUAGCCUCUGAACACAUCUCCAAAGACCAGGCAUCACUCCUCCCUCUCUCUUUAAUUCUUCCUCUUGGUGAUCUCUCACAAUUCCCAAAGGCAGAAUUCGCACCAGCCUUCCCCUGGAUGAACAUGACCUUCCGGCCUCCGUACUCCCCAAGUCUUUUUCGCAGGAGAGAUGGAGCUUCAGGGGCUGGUCUGGUUGCCAUCGACACCAGGAUUGAGCAGGCAAUGGAUCUGGUGAAGACUCACCUAAUGUUUGCAGUGCAGGAGGAAGUCAGGAUGUUGAAGGACCAAAUCAAGGAACUGGUGGAGAAGAACUCAAAUCUGGAGCUGGAGAACAGCUUGCUGAAGAAACUGCUCAGUCCUGAACAGCUCCAAAAACUUCAGUCCCAGAACAAAUACAGUGCACCUGAAACAAAGGUUGGGUCUCGUAGAGUAUCAUAGAAUCCCUACAGUGUGGAAACAGACCAUUAGGCCCAAUAAAUCCACAAUGACCCACUGAAGAGCAA